GCGACGGAAGUGAUCGUCAUAUCGAUGACGUAAUUUGUAAACGACCGUCGCAACUUUACGCAUUAAUAACAAGAAUAGCAAACAUUGCGUUGAUCAUUUAUUAAUAUGACUAAAACAAGCUUUGUGUUCCAGUAUGCUCUAAAAUCCUACACUAUUGCACAUUGAUUGUUUUAGUGGCUGUUUUAAUACACAACGCGUCAUGUCGUUUCUGGUGGAUUCUGUCAUCAUGUUCACCUCUCAGGUGCUAUUCUUUGGAUUUGGAUGGCUAUUCUUUAUGCGGCGGCUUUUCAAAGACUACGAGGUGCGUCAGUAUGUGGUCCAGGUGGUCUUCUCCAUCACCUUUGCUUUUUCAUGUACUAUGUUUGAGCUCAUCAUCUUUGAGAUACUGGGUGCCUUAAGUAGCAGUUCCAGGUACUUUCACUGGAAGCUGAACCUUCAUGUGAUUCUGCUGGUUCUCAUUUUUGUGGUGCCUUUUUAUAUUGGGUAUUUUGUCGUGAGCAACAUACGCCUGUUGCAGAGACAGAAGUUGCUUUUUGCAUGCAUGGUGUGGUUUACCUUCAUGUAUUUCUUCUGGAAGUUGGGCGACCCAUUUCCCAUUCUUAGUCCAAAACACGGCAUUCUCUCUAUCGAGCAGCUAAUCAGUCGUGUCGGUGUGAUUGGAGUCACGCUCAUGGCUCUCUUGUCUGGCUUUGGUGCCGUCAACUGUCCCUACACGUACAUGUCAUACUUCCUCAGGAAUGUAACAGACAGUGACAUCCUCGCUUUGGAGAGGCGGUUGCUCCAAACUAUGGACAUGAUUGUUAGCAAGAAAAAGCGCAUCGCAAUGACACGGAGACAGAUGUACCAACGUGGAGAAGACCAGAACAAACAGACAGGAUUGUGGGGCAUGAUCAAGAGCGUCACUUCGCCGCAAACGGGCAGCGAAAACCUGUCUCUCAUCCAGCAGGAGGUGGACGCUCUGGAGGAGCUCAGUCGACAACUUUUUCUGGAGACGGUAGACCUGCAAGCCACCAAGGAGCGUAUCGAAUACUCCAAGACGUUCCAGGGAAAGUACUUCAACUUCCUUGGCUACUUCUUCUCCAUCUAUUGUGUGUGGAAGAUUUUUAUGGCCACCAUAAACAUUGUGUUUGACCGUGUGGGGAAGACAGAUCCUGUGACCAGAGGCAUUGAAAUAACAGUCAACUACUUGGGCAUCCAGUUUGAUGUGAAGUUUUGGUCCCAGCACAUCUCCUUCAUCCUGGUGGGCAUCAUUAUCGUGACGUCCAUAAGAGGCCUUCUCAUCACUCUCACAAAGUUCUUCUACGCCAUAUCCAGCAGCAAGUCUUCCAACGUCAUUGUGCUGGUACUGGCUCAAAUCAUGGGCAUGUACUUUGUGUCGUCGGUGCUGCUGAUGCGCAUGAGCAUGCCGCUGGAGUACCGCUCCAUUGUCACGGAGGUGCUGGGAGAGCUGCAGUUUAAUUUCUACCACCGCUGGUUUGACGUCAUCUUCCUGGUCAGUGCCCUAUCCAGCAUCCUCUUCCUCUACCUGGCCCACAAGCAGGCGCCAGAGAAACACAUGGCCUUCUGAGACGCCCUCCACUGCUAGGCUUACAUGCAUUGUGGAAUUAAAGCAUCGCCAAUAUACAUGUUUUCUAUCUUUAAUCAUAUUUGUAUUCCAGUGCAGUGUUCCUGAAUCAGAAACGACUGUCAUGGGAAAGAAAUGCAGAAUAAAAGGUUUUAUUUGUA